AUAUCUAGGAAUGUCUUGUAGCAAUACAAAUGCUCAAAGUCUCGCACAAGUCCAGAAAAACACGCUUUUCACGAAAGAUCGCUCUCGGAUGGUGCGCUACUGAUGCUGGCUGGAGCGAGAAGAAGGGAUAUCGCGCAUGCGCACCUGGGUCACGCUUCAAAACAAAACAAGGCCUUUGAUCCGUGGACUCCCAGCAUCCCCCAAGGCGCGUGAUUCAAAAGUUUUAGGCUGGUAGGCCUAUAAGUAUUUUUCCGCGAAUUUUAAAAAAAACUUUUGUAUGUCGACGUAAAAUACGUCCAGUCGGCACCCGACAGACAAUUUAUCUCGACGUAAAAUACGUCCAGUCGGCGUUUAAGGGUUAAUAUCAAAUUCACUCAGCCUCGGAGUAAACAUAACAAACCGGAGGAGAAAUUUACAAUUGAUGAUCGAUUCGUCAACCCUCCGCUAAAAACUAGGAUUGAUAUUCAUGUUACACCAAUUCUAUUCAAAUGUCCUUUUUGUUUAGACGCUGACUAUGAUAACGUGGGUGGAGGUGCAGGUGGAUUUAGAGCUGCCAAUGGCGGUGUGGCUGGAGGUGGAGGUGGAGGUGGAGGCGUAUUAGAACCAGCCCCGACAACUCCAGCUGGAGCUCCCACAUCAGCUCCCGAUGGAAAUUUCAAAUGUCCUUCUUUUUUUUAGACCCUGAGUAUGAUAAUGUGGGUGGAGGUGGAGGUGGAGCUGCCUUUGGCGGUGCGGGUGGAGGUGUCGAUGGAGACGUAUUAGUAGCAGCCCCGACAGCUCCCGCUGGAGCUCCCGGUGGAGCUCCCGCACCAGCUCCUGACUCUACAACUGAAUUGGACAAAGCCACAAGUCCGGAAAAAGUGGAGCUGGAGAGGACCUACUUCCCCGAAACGUGGCUGUGGGAAAUCGUUGUUAUUGGCGAGAGUGGUGAGACGGCAAAGGAGGUCGAACUUCCGGACACAGUAACGACGUGGGUGGGCGAGGCCGUCUGCCUCCAUCCAGAGUUGGGCAUCGGACUGAGCCCCAAGUCCUCCAUCACCUCCUUCGUGCCCUUCUUCCUAGACCUCAGUCACCCAGCCACUGCCCGCAGGAACGAGAAGGUCCCCGUCCUAGUCUCUGUCUUCAAUUACGUGAACGAAAGUCUGCCUGUGACUGUUCAGUUGCUGCCAAGUGCCGAAUACACGUCCCCAACAUAUUCGAUGAAGACCUGCGUCUCCGGCAGCAAAAAGGAAGUAAUGAAGUUCCUGGUGGUGCCUCUGGAGGCCGGGGACGUCAACCUCACCUUCAGUGCCUCCAUAGACACUGCCAAUGGAAGUUGUGGCGGGACAGUUGACGUCGAAGGAGGUAAAAAGGAAAGAGCAAUUUGGGCUUCUGUCUCAUCUGGCCGAUUUGGCUCAAACUAUUAA